AUGUUCAGAUUCUUAAAAGCAAUACGAGUUAAGAGAUCUUAUCUUUGGGCUGGUGCUCUGUUAGUUAGUCUUGGGUUAGCAUCUGCAGUGUAUUGUUUGUGGCAGCUGAAUAUGAAAGUGACCUGUAGUGAUGCAGAACAGCCAGAACAGCCAGAGUCUUCUCUCCCUAACCCAAUAGGCCAGGCGAGUGGGCGCAUGGAAGUAGACCGAGUAGAUUCCGCAAUUCAAGUAGAAGAGAACAAUCCACCCACACCCACAUCACCAACUACACCGCCACCUACACCAAUAGCACCCGUACUGCCUACACCGCCACCUACUCCAAUAGCACCCGUACUGCCUACACCACUAACUACACCACCUACUCCAAUAGAACCCGUACUGCCAACACCACUAACUACACCACCUACUCCAAUAGCACCCGUACUGCCAACNCACCAUCACCUACACCAUCACCUACACCAAUAG